AUGGCAUAUGAGGGCUGGACAGAGUGGUUUGACAGAGACAACCCUUCUGGAAGUGGAGACUGGGAGACGCUUUCCUCUCUUCGUAGGGAGAAUCCUGGGAAGAUCUGCCCUAACCCGAAAAGUAUUGAGGCCAAGACUCUGUCUGGGCGUAAUGCCGAGGACACUGGUGAAAAGAUUUACAAAUAUGACACAAUAUCCGGAUUUGUCUGCAGAAUGAAGGAUCAGAGGGACCGGAAGUGCCAUGAUUACAAAGUCCGCUUCAGCUGCUCAUUUGAUACCUGUGAAAAUGUGUGCUGGACCAAGUGGUACAAUCGAGACCACCCCAGUGGAUCUGGUGACUGGGAGCAUCUGAGUGCCCUGAGAAAAGAAAAGCAUGGUGGAGACCUUUGUGCCGAUCCUGUCUAUGUUGAGGCUGUUACUGUUGAAGAUGAGAUUCCAGCUCUCAAGACAGGACAAAAAUUCCAUUAGCAAGUUACUUUAAAAAAAAACAAAAAAUACGGUUCUUACAAACAUGUGCCUGUAAAGUACAAUUCUCAUGACAUUAGCAGUAAGAUGCAAAUUAAAAUAACCUGGGAUUUUUAAAAAUUUUCUUUAGUAAAAUAAUAGAUAUACCUAUAAAACAAAAACUAUGUAUUCAACCUUAAUUAGUUUUUUUAAUGAGCUCGCUAAGUAUAUAGUAUUUAAAUGUGAAUCUAAUUCUUAAAUAAGGAGACUAAAUUUAACUACAAAUCAUUCAGCAAGUUUUCCAUUUCUAAUCAUCAUGUACACUUACCAUUUUUGUUAUCAUUUUCAGCUACAGCCCUGGAAAAGGGUUUGUCUGCCGCAAUAAGGACCAGAGAUUUGACAAAUGCAGGAACUACAAAGUUCGCUUUGGAUGCAGCUGUCGCUCCGUUGCCUGAGUCUACUCCUGCAAAUGAUCAGAGGGAAAAAAUUGAAGUUUUAUUUAAAUUUCUUUGCCAUUUCUUUAUCCUUUUAGUCAUUCCCAACGAGAUAUACACACAAAUGAAGUAUCUGUUUUGCAGGUGCUCCUUGUUUGUCAUUGACAUCUAAUCUACUUAAAGUACAGUGAGGAAAGAAAUUAUAGCUUUGUCUGUCUUUAACAAAUGUAUUAAUUGAUUUUUUCUUUUACCUGUGGGGAAUUAAUCAAAAACAAUAAAUAAUUCAAAGCAUA